UGCAGAGGAUGUUUAAGGUAAUCAAAGUAACAAUCUAGUUUUGAAGUUGAAUCUUGUCUUUGCAGUCAACAAUAUUUGGGAUUACUUAGUCAACUUUUUGUUUCUAAUUAUUUGUCCUCUACAAUAGCCAUCUUAAACAGCGCUUGGGCAUGCCCUGGAAAUGAAGGGGCGCAAUCAACAAUCAAAUUAGUUUGUGGAACAAUCAUUUCACAUAAAUGGGCUUUCAGUCGCGACUGUUGACAUAUCUGCCUUAGUGUUGAGGGGUAAAUCCCUGCAAAUGUACCAGAUUUAUAUUUUAUACAUGCACAUCAAAUAAUCAUAUACACAAAUUUUGUAUAUGAAGUCAUCAGAUCACCAAAUGGAGAAAUUGUCAACAUUUCAUAUGAUUUCUUUUUAUUAUAUUUUUGUAAAUGUGUGUGUGUUUGUGUAGUACACCCUACUGUAACAGUUCACAGAAAAACAAUACUGAGUUCAAAUUAUUACUGCUAUGAGACCAUCUUUACUAGGUUUGUUAUGUUAGUUCUUCUAAGAAAUUGAGGGUUUGGAUUCCUGUGAGUAUACCAUUUGCACUAAAUGCUAUGCUAUGGCAUAUUACCAUGUCAUUCUAACAAAGUUUGAUAUUUCAUGGGCUCUUCAGAAACAGCAAAAGUUUUGGGUCGGAGUAGUCUGGGGGGCGUUGCCCAUUUAAAUGAGUCUGUGCCCUGGCCAUAUGUCAGGUAAGGGCACCGAUAGACAUGGUACAUGGCUGCACGUAGUGCUAGUCAGAGCGCAGACGAGUGAUAUUCAGCUGGUGUUCUGUCAGUGGUUGAUUGACAUGGUCACAGAAUACCUUCUACAAACAGUUGGCUAUUGAACUGGUGUGGAAAGGGCAAUGGAGAUGGCUAGAUAUGACAUUGACCAGUGACAAGCACUUGCAGAAGACAUUGUUUCAGAUCUUUUUUAUAGACAUAAUGAUUUUCAUUUGUAUAAAUAAAUAAACUCUAAAUUAGUAAAGUGAGUUAUGUCUCCUCAUAUUUAAUGAACUACAGCACUGAUGACAAAUGAUCCACAAACCAUUGCCAAUAUUUGUGUGUGUGUAUAUAUAUAUAUAUAUAUAUAUAUAUUCCAUUCUGUCUUUGAAGCAAAUUAAGAACAUGUUGCUGCUGUUUAACAUUUACAGUCAUUGGUUUUGCUCUCCAGUGAUCCUCUGAGUCAGAACUUCAUUGUCCCAGUUCAAGCAUACUUGGCGAGCUAAUUUUAUUUGAUCGAUACAUUUACGUAUCACACUUGCCUUCAUAUAUGAACGCCUCAGCCAUUGUUAACGGAUCACACGUAUCGAUUUUACAAAUUUAGGCCCAUUUAGCCGGCGCCUUCUAGCAACUCACUAAUGUAUUACAGGUGUCUUUCAGUGGGCCUUCAGGGGAGUGGAUGUGGUCAAGCAGAGUAACAAUUAUGUUAGGAUGCACACUUCCAGUCUUAAAUGACGGCAGUUUGAUUCCAGGGAGAGAGAUCCGUAUCAUGCAUCUGUAUCAUCAACCGAAGAUGAAUAAACCGUCUCCGUUAAACUGGAGAAAAUUGAGUUUUUACAGGUUGGAUUUAGGCUGCCAUAUGCAUAGGCCUUCAUUUUAUGUGUAUUCCAAUCCCCCCCCCCACGGACGUACGUCUGACUCUACAACACGAUCUCACUUCGAAAAACAUUUCGUCAUAACAUAUGGAACGUCAGCUAAACUAGUGUAUUUCCAAAGCUUUGCUACGUUCUGUUCAGAAGUUAUGGCCAGAAAUCAAAGCACAGGCUAGCCUGUUGUUUACCUUAGGUGUAGGUUUCAAGCUGUCGUCAGCUGUGAAAUGUGGUGACUACAUUGCGGAGUUGAAAAUGAACGGGAAUAUUGAUGCUAUUUACAAACAUGUCUGCGACCUUGUGCAUUGGAUUGUGUGCCCGGUUUGUAAAUACUUUGGGGCUUUGCUAGUCGUCAAGGGGGGCAUCGAAAUGAUCUCAACCCUUUCGCGUCUAAGUUGGAGACCAUUACAAAAGGUCCUUGGUCUUCACGUGCAGGAGGGUGAAGUUUUCGAGGAAACGUGUCUUGAAUGGUUAAUGGAGGUUAGUCGAAGAACAACUGGCAUUUCCAACUCCUUAAAAGAAUUCGAGGACCUUCUUGAACAAUUUGAGGAAGACACCGUGACAGCGUGUAAUUUGUCCAGUGAAGAGCUCACCUCUGACAUGGCUGUGUGCCGAAAUUCUACCUGCAGCACAGGUCACAUGGAGCAUGGACCAGCCAGGCCUCCCCUACUGAUGUGCCCUCCCUCAUGCAUACACACACGGCCAGAGAGAGCAGAGGCCAAGUCGGUAUCCACCAUGAUGUUCUCCCAAGCGCCCCAAAUCCACCUGAUUUCACAGGAGCUCAGAGUGAAACUGGAGUCCCAUGUCCGACGCAAACUAGCACAUCGUCUUUUCGGCUUUCCCACAAGGCUUGCAAAGCGCCUAGGAGAUAAUGAAGUAUUUGUGCUUGAAUGUCAGGACACAGGUGAUGGCAGGCAGGCUCACAAUGGAUCUAAACCAAAGUUGGAAGUAAAUCCCAACAGAAAUGUUUCUGACCUUAAGGAUGCUGGACAACUGAAUGUUGUUGACCUUAAGAAUACUGGACAACUGGAAGAAACCAAAGCCUUGUAAAGUAUUGUUGGAGAAAACACAGGACUGGGUGGACGUGAGCAAUAACAUGCAGAACUUAUUCCAAAUUUAAAAUAUUUUUUUAAGCUCUUACUUCAGUUUUGUGAGCCUUCUAUAUUUAUAUUAAACAUUUUGAAAUGAAAGUGGAAGGAGGGUAAGUCUGUGGGCUUUUGUGUAUUU